AUGAAGCUCCAUAUCCUCGCCGCCCUCUUCGCAUUCUCCCUUUCCGUCCUCGCCAUUCCACAAUUCGACCUCGAAGGCGAAUCCCCCAACACCUGCAACGAAGCCGAAAACGCCCACCCCAAACACAACACCACAGCCGCAUGCUACACUCUCCUCAACCGCGUCAAGACCAGCAACGCGACGAAAGAAUACCGCGACCGAAUCUACGAUGGCGGAAACCUCCCUGCAGACGGAACCUUCGCAGAAUCAGGAUGCGUGGUGACUUUCCAGGUCGUCCACAAACCUUCUUUUGACACUUUCACUUUUGCGAAUUGGACGACGCUCGUGGAGGUCUUGGCGCUUGGUUGCGAGGAUCUGAAUCAGGGUGGUUACGGCCCCCUGGGGCAGGAUAAUGAUUUUGUGCUUUCCGUCGCGAACGUGGAUGAGCCGGCGUCGACGCAGUCGGCGGCGAGUUCGGCGAGUUCGGCGACUCCGUCGGUGUGGUCGAGAUUGACACCGUGA